GUCUCAUUACAGAGUCAGGCAUCAGAGCCACAGCCUGAACGCCGAAGCCCAAGUGAAUUACACAAAUGUUUCAAGAACUGGAAAGGCGCUCAAAGGGGCAUGGCUGCCAGAGCCGUAUUUCUUUGCCUGGUGGCUGUUUCAGGUGACGGCGAUGCGCUACGCCUCGGCGACUCUGGAGGAG